UGGGAUUGCUUCUCAUAUAAAUAUUCUUUUCUCAUUGCAAGAUUGCGUUUUUCGACUAAAUUCAACAUUUUCGGCAAAAAAAUAAUAAUUCCAUUUCGUAUAUUUUAUAUCACCUCUUCUGAAAAAAUUAGGGUUUGAGUAGUCUCGUCUUCCUUCCCUUGCGUAAUCGAAUCAGACAGAGAGAGAUGGGUGGAGGAAACGCACAGAAAUCGAAGAUGGCUCGUGAGAAAAACUUGGAGAAGGCAAGGCAAGCUGGAAAAGGAAGCCAAUUGGAGGCGAACAAGAAAGCUAUGUCGAUUCAGUGCAAGGUUUGUAUGCAGACAUUCAUCUGCACAACAUCGGAAGUGAAAUGCAGGGAGCACGCAGAGGCCAAGCAUCCGAAAGCCGAUGUUGUUGCUUGCUUCCCUCACCUCAAGAAGUGAAGAAACUAUCUAUCUCACAAAAAAGGAUACCAAUGUAAAUGUAUGGAUCCUUCUCCUAUGUUUGUAUCAUCAAGUUAAAGUGUCUUGGAUCAAACAUACUUUAUGUUUCUAUCUCUCUUUACUAAAGCCUUGUUUCAAUACUAAGUCUCUUGCUAUAAUUAUUAUUAUAUCGUGAAGCCUUUGUUUGGAACUUUUUCUCUUUGUUGCUUUUUGCUUUCAUUUAUGUCUCUAUUAUGAUAAAUAACAAC